CCCAGGGAGCGCCGAGCGCAGACUGGAUCCCGACCUUAGGGUGCCCUUCCCCCAAGCUCUCACCUCCCGGCGCAGCCGCGCGGCUCCCUCUGGCGGAGCAUCGGCGCGCAAUCGGAAGUCGGCUACUUCGGCCUGUCUCCGCCCAAUAGCGCGCGCUUUGAGUGCCCGGCCUCGGCCCCGGCUCCCGCGCGCGCUGCGGGGAGUGGCGCUCCGCCCGGCGCCUUCCGAGAUUUGCCUUUCCACCCCAGGACGCCCACGGGCACGGUCACUUCCUUCUUUCUGCCCACUCAUUCUUCCACUGGGCUGGCUUUUCUUAGGGUCUCUAGCUCCGUACUUGCCCCGGCAUGCCUUUUUUCAUGAUGCCGCUGUCGUAGCCUCACGCAGGAGCUCUGUUUCCAUGAAGAUCCGCCUGGUGACUCUCCAACCCUGCCACCAUGAACGGGGUCCUGAUCCCUCAUACGCCCAUCGCUGUGGACUUUUGGAGCCUACGCCGGGCUGGCUGCGCCCGGCUCUUCUUCUUGUCCCACAUGCACUCGGACCACACCGUGGGUCUGUCUAGCACCUGGUGCCGGCCCGUCUACUGCUCCCCAAUCACUGCUUACCUCUUGCAUCGUCACCUGCAGGUAUCUAAGCAGUGGAUCCGAGCCCUGGAGGUUGGUGAGAGCCACAUCCUGCCUCUAGAUGAAGUUGGGCGAGAGACCAUGACUGUAACUCUCAUCGAUGCCAAUCACUGCCCCGGCUCUGUCAUGUUUCUCUUUGAAGGAUACUUUGGAACCAUCCUCUACACAGGUGAUUUUCGGUUCACACCGUCCAUGCUGAAGGAGCCAGCCCUACGACUGGGGAAGCCGAUCCACACCUUGUACUUAGACAACACCAACUGCAACCCAGCUCUGGUUCUUCCCUCCCAGCAGGAAGCUGCCCGCCAGAUUGUUGAGCUCAUUCGAAAGCACCCACAACAUAACAUAAAAAUUGGACUCUAUAGCCUGGGAAAAGAGUCACUGCUGGAGCAGCUGGCCCUGGAGUUUCAGACCUGGGUGGUACUGAGUCCUCGGCGCCUGGAGUUGGUGCAGCUCCUGGGCCUGGCAGAUGUAUUCACAGUGGAGGAGAAGGCCGGCCGCAUCCACGCCGUGGACCACAUGGAGAUCUGCCGUUCCGCCGUGUUGCGGUGGAACCAGACCCACCCUACCAUCGCUAUCCUUCCCACAAGCCGGAAAAUCUACCGCUCCCACCCGGAUAUCCAUAUCAUCCCUUACUCUGACCACUCCUCCUUCUCUGAGCUCCGGGCCUUUGUGGCAGCCCUCAGGCCCUGCCAGGUGGUGCCCAUUGUCAGUCGACAACCCUGUAAGGACUACUUUCAGGACAGCCUGAGCCCCAGGCUCUCUGUGCCCCUGAUUCCUGACUCUGUGCAGCAGUACAUGAGCUCCUCCUCCAGAAAACCAAGUUUUCUCUGGCUCUUGUUGGAAAGGAAGCUCAAGAGACUGAGGGCUCAGGGUGUCGUGUUUGAAUCCCUUGAGGAAAAUGCUGAUCACCCUCAAGCUGAUAGGGAUUCCAAGAAGACCAAGAACCUUCCUGGGAACCUUGAGAAGCAGCCCUGCCACCCUCCUUUGCGGACCGAGAAGCAGUCGUUCCCAGACAUGUGCAGCAAGGCAAGGGAGGGGGCAGUCCCUUCCUCUGAGUCUCCAAAGAUGGUGACUGUGUUGACUGCCCCCUCCAGUUUUCCAGUGCACUUAAGGUCUACAGAGGAAGAAUUUCUCUAUUGGAAAACUGGGGAGGAAAUCAGUAUAGGGCCCUCCUUGGGGCCCAGGGGCGACAGUAAGGACUCAGCAGCCCCAGGGAACCUGAGAGCCUGGAUGGGCCAGGAUGGUCCCCUGUCUCACAGCAGCAAGGCUGCCCCUGUCCUGGCUCCUGAGUUCAGGGGCCUGGCACUAAAAUACCUUCUGACCCCAGUGAAUGUUCUCCCAGCAAGGUUCUCUUCCAGGGCCUUUGACCAGCAAGUGGAAAAAUACCAUAAGCUCUUGCUCAAGCACAAAAAGGAGAGUACAGAGUGACAGCCUUGUUGGAUCCAAUGCUGAAGUUCAAGAUAGUGACUGACAGCUUACUUGGGGCCUUACUUUUCUGUGUUGACGGGAUCCUCAUGAACUCACCCUGUAACGAGACUUCUCCAAGGGUGAUCAUUGGAAUCCUAGUGCCUAUGGAAUCCUUAGUUUUAUAAUUGACUAUAUUUAAGAAACAUUUCAUUAUAACCUGCUAACAGUACAUGUGAGCACACUAAAGGUACUGAGAAGUCCUGCAGUAACUUAA